CCACAGUCCCUGGCGCAGUUUGGGCGCCCCAAAAUCGAUGGGGAGCUGAAGGUCUCCAGCACCGAGCGGCGCUCCAAGGUGGACAGGUAUGGCUUCCUCCUAGACAAGGCUCUGAUCAUCUGCAAGCGCCGCGGGGACUCCUAUGAAACCAAAGAUGUCGUGGACCUGCAGAGCCACCAACUGCGGGAUGGUGACCUCGGCCCCCGUGACGGCAAGAAGUGGACCCACACCUUCCUGCUCAUCAACACGGCUGGGCUGCAGGGCUACGAGCUCUUCUUCAAGACCCGCGAGUUGAAGAAGAAGUGGCUGGAGCAGUUCGAGAUGGCCCUCUCCAACAUCUUCCCUGAGCACGCCCUGGCUGAUGGGCAUGACUUCCAGAUGUUCUCCUUCGAGGACACCACAUCCUGCAAGGCCUGCCAGAUGUUGCUGAGGGGCAUGUUCUACCAGGGCUACCGCUGCAGCCGGUGCCGAGCUCCCGCGCACAAGGAGUGUCUGGGACGGCUGGGGACCUGCGGCAAGGGCGGUGCUGAUUCAGGCUCUGGCACAAGGAAGAACAAGUUGCAGCGGCCAGGCCCUGAGAAGAAGCGGGGAGACCUGGGCUUGCCCAAGAUGGAAGCGAGCCAGCCCUACAGCGGCAUCCCACCACCUCCGGGGUCUAUGGGUCCUGCCCUACGCCUCAGCCCUGGAGAUGUCAUCGAGGUCACCGUGGCCGAGGCUGAGCAGCUCUGGUGGCAGGGCAGGAACGUGGCCAACGGUGACCUAGGCUGGUUCCCCUGUGCUGCUGUGAGACCCUUCAUCUGUGUGCCGCUGCCGGAUCUCUCUGUCUACCCCUGGUACGCUGGUCCCAUGGAGCGGGGGGAAGCUGAACAGCUCCUGAUGCCCCGCUCUGACGGCGCCUUCCUGGUGCCACAGCGGGUGAAGGAUGCCGGUGAAUUUGCCAUCAGCAUCAAGUACCGCGGGGAGGUGAAACACAUCAAGGUGAUGACGGCAGAGGGACUCUAUCGUGUCACUGAGAAGAAGGCGUUCAAGGGGCUGGUGGAGCUGGUGGAGUUCUACCAGCGCAGCUCACUCAAGGAUUGCUUCAAAGCCCUUGACACGGCACUUGUGGUGCCCUUCAAGGAGCCUGAGAGCCGGGCUGGUCCCCGGCCACCUG